AUGCCUCAACAACUGGCUGUUGGCUUGGCUCUACGACAAUCUAUCAGAAGCAAAGAGAUCGUAAAUAUGCUUCAUGGUUUUGGAAUGAGUGUUGAGUACAACAGGUUACUUAGAAUUGAAGCCCAAAUAGAACAAAGUGUUCUUGAGCGCAUGAAUCAACAUGGCGGAAUGUACCUCCCCGAGAACUUUGUGAAAAAUAGACAUGUAUUUUUCGCAAUCGACAACGUUGAUUUUGAAGAGGAUACUCAUGAUGGAAAACACACACUUCACGGCACCGCAAUGGCUAUCUACCAGAAGACGGAUCCUAGAGACACAACUCCACAGAUAAGAUUAGUUAACAAGCCUUUUAAAAUAUCAUAGAUAUUGGUUGAUCAUUUUUACAUUUUUUUGUUACUACAAUGAUUUAAUUUCUGUUUUACCGCCAUCCCGUCAUGAUUUACGGCGAAAUAACAAGGGAAUUCUUCUGAGCACCCCAAAGCGUUUCACAAAAGUUACCAUGGGGGAUCGAUCCUUCAUGGCGGCAGCGCCACGGCUUUGGAAGAUUCUUCCCGUAAGCUUUAGACCUGCUUGCACCAAAAGUGAUUUUAAACAGAAACUUAAGACAUUUUUAUUCAGCAAGGCAUUGUGUUUGUACAGUUAGUUUAUAUUUAGAUUUUUAUAUAGUUUUUCUGCAAAUUACUUUUCUUAUAACCAGUUGUAAAGUAGUGUAGUUUUCGUCUUUCAUUCCAUACUGAUUGUAAAAAGGUUCUUAUUUUUGUAUUUUUUCUAAUGUUUGUAAUGCGCAUUUGAUUAUUUUUAUAGAAAAUGAGUAAUAUAAAUGUUAUCAUUACUUUGUCUCGCUGUUAGAUUGGAUAGUCAACCAAGUCAAGGUCGCACAUUACGCAACCUUCCCGAAUCAAUUCCUGAGCUAAUAGAAUGCUAA